AUGUCAUCUUACACCACCCUCCUGAGCGACGGCAUCGGCCUCACAAUCGCCACUCUCUAUAGUCUCGCUGGCCAAGCACACUUCACCCCUCGGCUGACACCAGGUCUGGCACAGAACAUCGAGAUCAUGACCCACAAUUCGCAUGCAGCUUUCUGGUUCCUGGGGCUGGACUAUCUUGCCCUCAGACGGAUCUUCGGCGCCUUCGACCUGAUAGGAGCUGCAUGUCUCUGGCGGAAGAAGACAAGGAAGGUUGGACUCAUUUUCGCAGUGUUUGGAUUCUCAGGAGGGUUUUACGGUCAGUUGUAUACCGGCGGAGAUGUCUUGCAAGUCGGAGGGUUGCUCAGUAUGGCUGUGGUUGGGCUGCUUUGCUCCUCUGAUCGAUGA